AGGGACGCCUGUCGGAAACGGAGAAGUGCAUUGUAGAUCGAAGCCAUUUUGACCGCGGAGCACAUCUACGGGUGAGGCAAAAAAACAGAAACCGCUCCAAAGAUGGUGAAGAUUUUCGUGGGGAACCUGCCCACGCAGGCGGAGACGGACGAGAUCCAAGCUCUCUUUGCCCAGUACGGCACCGUGACGGAAUGCGCCAUCAUCAAAAACUUUGCCUUUGUCCACAUGGACGACCGCAAGAGCGCGACCAAAGCCAUAAAAAACCUGCACCUGUACAAGCUGCACGGCACGCCCAUAAAUGUAGAGGCUAGCCACGGAAAGAACCAGGGGCCCAUUAAAUUGCAUGUGGCGAACGUCGAGAAGGGCUCCGCCGACGCCUUGCGGGCACUGUUCGAAGAGUACGGCACAGUGUCCGAGUGUUCCGUCGUCAAAAACUUUGCUUUCGUUCAUAUGCCCAAUUCUGAGGAGGCUAUGGACGCGAUGAAGGGCUUGGCCAAUGCUGAGUUCCAAGGCAAGAGGAUUCAUGUCCAGGUCUCAAAGAGUCGCCCCAGGGGCGGCGACGAGGGUGGGUUCGGACAUGGCCCCCCAGAAAGAGCAGGCUAUUGGGGUCCUCCCAGGGGUUACCCAGGCGACCGCCCUGAGCCCGGCCCGCCUGGUUACCCCAGGGGUCGCUUCGGCCCCCCAAUGUCCCACGGCUACCCCCCAGCCCCUCCCCCGCCCCCUCCCCCACCCCCCAGACGCGCCGCCUCGUACGAUCGCGAUGGCUACGGGGUCGUCGACUACUACGAAAAGUACCGCGCCCGCCCCAGCCCCUACGCCAUGUCGUCCUACGACGACCGGCGCGUCAGCUCUGUGCCCCCUCCACCUCCCCCGCCGUCGUCGGCCCUGAUGAGGGAACGUCUGGGCCCAAGCACGCUCGACCCCUACGAGCGCCGACCCUUGCCCCCUCCGCCGUCUGCGUACUAUGCCGCCCGGGACCGCAGCCCGAUCCGACGGGCACCCCCUCCUGCCGCCCCACCCGCGGGCAACGGCUACUCGUAUGAGCGCUCCCGCCUCUCACCGCUCUCCAUGACGCGGAGCGCGUACGGAAUGCCCCGACCCCGGGACCCCUACGCAGACAGGGUGCCGCCCCCGCCUCCUGCACGCUACACGUACUAAAGAAUGUCAGGCCCGGCCCCAGCGUCUCUCUCGCGUGUCCAAGGUUUAAAUUAUUCGUCAAGGUCGUCGUCGUCUCCUGAUGCACACGGCGCAUAACUCAUCCCGACGUCGACAUGGCGACGUGCGUUCCGUUCGGCCACAACUCUCAAUAGUGGAAGAGCUUGUUUUAUGCGGGCCUCCUGUCCUUUUGUUAACUAUUAAACACGCUUUUUAGUAUCGUCACAUUUUUUUCCACCCGUCUUAUGGUUAAAACCUUUGUCCACGUUGCUUUUUUUAUUUUUUCUUCUCUGACUGCUUGUGCUUAUAUUACCACUUAAUUACCUGUUAAAAUUUUGAUAUUGCCGCAAGACGGGUUGACUUUAAAUGUAAACCGAGUGUUGUACAACACAACAGCGUUUUUUAUUUGUCAUUCUACAGCAGUAAGAGUAAGAUUGAGGACUGUUAAGCUGAACAAGAACGGAACAGAUUCAGCUUACUUUAAGAGACAUUAUCGUUCUUUUUUUAAUGUUCUGGGCUUUAUGGAUUUUAAUUUGGUACAUCCGUGGUUGUGUGUACGUUUAAAAUAAAUUUACUUUUGUUUUUA